GCGAGGAGCCGCUUCUUUCCGUCCUUCCAAAAAAAGCGACAGAUCGGCCAGAACUUAAGUUGGACAUUGGACAUUACUUUUAAUUAUACUGCAUGAAAUCAAUUUGUUGUGCAUUAUUGCCAAUAUCUAAUGAUUAUGUGGUUAGGUUGGCAAUAAUAAUAAAUCGAGAAUGGGCAUCAGCCAGACCGUUGAAUUGCCAGAACCAGUUGUGACCCAUCUACAUUUCUCUGCACAAUAAAAAAAACUAAAUAUUUGGUGAAUUUGCAUAGAACUAAAAGCUUACACUUGUCAACUGUCAACCGAUCGGUGGGUGGUGUGGAGUUUUUGUGACAAGCUUGCCAUUUGAUCUGCGAAUAGUUUCCGAGAAAAUGAUGGGCGGUGGUGUGACUCCAGCAGUGGUGGUGCUUAUCAACGUCAUAAUUUGCAUCUUCGUCGUGGGGAAGGCAGAUGGUGGUGGGAAGGUCGUCUUCGCCGUUAAUGCGGGGGGAGAGGGACACGUCGACGUUAAUGGAAUUCAUUAUGAAAAGGACACUUCGAAAGUUGGGAUUUCUUCGGAUUAUGGGAAACAUUUGAUGGCAAUCGGACGUGUUCAUCCUAAUGACCAAAUUUUAUAUCAAACGGAGAGAUAUCAUCAUAGCACAUUUGGCUAUGAAAUCCCGAUCGAGGAGGAUGGAAAUUAUGUAAUGGUUAUUAAAUUUUGUGAGGUUUACUUCAAUGCUCCGAAUAUGAAGGUGUUUGAUGUUGUUCUCAACAUGAACUCAAUCAUAUCGGACUUGGACAUUUAUGAGAAAGUUGGUCAUGGCGUAGCUUACGACGAAAUUGUCCCAUUCCAAAUAUCUUCCGGGAUGAAAACUUUGACAUUUAACGGUGUGGAGUCCGAAGUUAGGGGUGGAAAAAUUCGAGUAGAAUUUAUUAAAGGGUAUCGGGACAACCCAAAAGUCAAUGCAAUUUAUGUCAUAAGAGGAACUGAAGAUGACAUUCAUGGACUACCACCACUCCCCCCAAGUAGGGAGGAAGAAGAAGACAUUGCAACCGAACCUGACGAUGUCAAGGUUGUUAAAAAUCGGCGCCCAAGUGGUCCGAAAGUGACUGAUCCUUAUGAAGACGUGACACUAACCUCAGCCGUGUUCCCCGUAUUUGUUGCAAUAGGAUCCUUUAUACCCUUGUUGUUCUGUUUAUGUAAACUCUAGAUGCCCCCUUACUCCUUCUAAAUCUCCGAAUUAUUAUUAUUGCCGAAUGUGAAAAUUAUUUUAAUCAGUAACUGAAAUCUUUCUGACAUGUACUUAUCCCAAGCUCGUCAUCCCAUAAACUCGAAGUACUUGCAUUGAAAAAUUUGUGUUGGGUAGCUGCUUCCUCAAACCCUUAUUACAAAACCAAUAAUAUUUAUUAUCAUGGAUUAAAUUAUUUUUAUAUUUGUUUUUAAUUCUGUAAAUAAUACUCCUUCGACUUACUAUACAGCAGUACUUAACCAAAGCGGGUUGGGUUGUAAUUGUAAUUUAUAAAAAAGAGGUAUCUAAUUGCGUGCAAGAACUGAGUCAAUGCAUUCAAGUCAUCAUCAUAGAAUAAUGAAUUCGCUUAAAUAGAGAUAUGAGCUAAAAUGUUUUAAGUAGUUAUCCCUUGUGAUUUGUUUUGUUAAUUUUAAUGCCAAAUUGACUACUGAAUAAAUUUGUUUUAACUCUGAA